AUGUUCGUGGGAACUAACCAUCGACCUAACGCUGCCCCACAAUUUGUUGAGUCCCUUUUGACUGAAAGUCAAAGCACGGAGGACAUAUGCCUUCAGUCGGGUGACCUUAAGCACAGAGUAUCAAGCGACAGAUCUUCUGAAAGGAUACGCUUGUUAAGACAGUCUGCCGUCUCUUCUGACACGUAUCCAAGAUCCUUCCUGGAUGCUUACCACGAUGAAUUCUCCUCUAGCAGCUCUAAUGGCGAAUUGACAUCUGAGAGAGGGGAAAGUGAAAAAGGAGAUGAGGCCAAGAUACCAAAGGGCAUUACUCCCGAGGCAAGCGUUACUUUCCAGAAGCACUACAAAAUGAGCCUUCAAUUGCAACCGCAUGAAAUUGAGAUGGUCCGGUGUUCGUGGUCGAUUUUGCUAGAUGACGAGUGCUCUAAGCCGAAGUAUGAUGCCUUUGUAGACAAGUGCGUGAAGCCAAGGAUAAAUGUGCCAUAUAAACCACCCGCUAAUGAGGAUUCGAAAAAUAACGUCAAAGAGCAAUUAGCAAAUUCCGGGAAAUAUGAAGAUGACUUAAAAGUACCAACGUUCUUGUUUGGGGCUCAAUUUCUUCAUAACAUUAGAGAGAUUAUCCCAACUAUUGAAAAUUCUUUCCCAGGUAUUCAGCAUGCUGCUUCUGGCGUAACUGGGGUGGUGGGUAUGGCUAUCAGUAAUCUAGAAGAUCUAUCGGUGAUGGACUAUUAUCUAAGCUCACUCGGGAAACAUCACGCUAGAAUACUGGGCGUGUACGCGAGUCAUUUUGAUGUGGCAGGGAUUGCUUUUUUGAAGACUUUGCGGGAUAGAUUCGGCUAUCAUUACACUAAAGAGCUUGACGAAUUAUGGUCCCGAAUAUACAUUUACUUGGCAAACAGUAUGCUCCAAUAUGGAAUCGAUCCAAUUUUGCAAGACUCAGGAUCUUCGGAGAUAACUCUUGGUUUUCCACAACUCAAAGAGGAUUCACUGUCAACAAGCAAUGCUGAUCUUUCUUCCAAAGAUUCUUGCGGAGAAAAUGAGAAAAUUGUCGGUAGCUUGUCAGAUCUGAGCAAAAAUUCGACGUACUCUAGCAAGUCAGCUAAAGAAGUUAGCUUGGUUUCAUCAAAUAAGCUGCUAUCACGAACGUCAGGUUGGCAAUCUUCAAAAAGUAGUGCAUCUUCUGGACAAGAAGGAAUAAACAGCAAGACAAAAAAAAAAGAACCAACCAGAAAUGUUGGGUCAGUUCGAGGGGGUGGAGCAUGGAGUGGUUCACAUCCGCAGCCAACAUUAGCAGAAGAAAGUAAUGUACAUUAUGGGGCGAGCGUGAGAGGAGGAGGUGGUUGGCAGCGGAGCAGUGGUCGGAGUCCUUCAGAAAAAGAUUUUAAGGGGAAUUCAAUUGGAGUUGUUAAUGAUGGAAAGCAUGCCUUGAGUACAUCAAGAAUCAACGGCAAAUCUAAUUUCUCGUUGCCAGCUAGCCGGCCAGGUGCCACAUAUGCUGGAAAAACCUCAGAUAUAACAGGCAAGACGCAUUUGCGUUGUAGUGAAAAUUACGAAAUGGUUACCAAAGCCUAUUCUACAGUCAAUAGCACUGCCCGGAGCAGUGGAGGCGUCAGAGGCGGCGGCGGUUUUAACAGUGGAAAUGGCGACUGCACUUUAAUGUAG